UGAGAUGGAAGUCGUGCAAGUACUGCACAUGAAUGGAGGAAUGGGAGAAACAAGUUAUGCUAACAACUCAUUGCUUCCGAGAAAAGUGAUAUCGAUGACGAAACCCAUAAUGGAGGCAGCCAUCACAGCUCUCUUCUCCACUGUUGCUGCCACCUUACCGACGAGCCUUGCCAUUGCGGACUUGGGUUGUUCCACCGGUCCCAAUGCUCUUUUCGCUGUGUCCGAGAUCAUCAACAUCGUGAUUGAUCUCUGCAAGGCAAUGAAGCACGAGCUGCCGGAGUUCCAAGUGUUCUUGAACGAUCUCCCAGGGAACGACUUCAACACCCUCUUCAGCAGCUUCUUGCCAAGAUUCCAAGGGAAGCUGAGCGAGCAAUUGAAGAGCAAGUAUGGAGUGUCAGCAACGUUGCCGUGCUUCGUCAAUGGCGUUCCUGGUUCAUUCUAUGGAAGAUUGUUCGCUCGAGAGAGCCUGCACUUGAUUCAUUCUUCGUAUAGCCUCAUGUGGCUAUCUCAGGUCCCACAAGGACUAGAGGGAAACAAAGGCAACAUAUACAUGGCGAGAUCGAGCCCUCCUAAGGUGCUUAGGGCAUACUACGAGCAAUUUCAGAGGGACUUCUCGACUUUCUUGGAAUGUCGUGGGCAAGAGUUACUGGUGGGAGGACGUAUGGUGUUGACCCUCUUGGGUCGAAGAAGUGACGAUCCUUCAAGUAAAGAGUGUUGUUACAUUUGGGAGCUCUUAGCUAUUGCUCUCAGUCAGAUGGUCUCAGAGGGACUUGUAGAAGAACAGCAACUAGACUCCUUCAACAUCCCUCAGUACACACCCUCACCAAAAGAAGUACAAGGGAUGGUCCAAAAGCAAGGGUCAUUCUCAAUUGAUUGCUUGGAAGCAUCCGAAGUGAAUUGGAGUAUACUUGCCACCAAUUCUGACUCUGAUAUUGUCUUGAAGGAUGGGGGACACAAUUUGGCCCAAUGCAUGAGAGCUGUGGCCGAGCCCUUGCUUAUUUAUCACUUUGGUAAAGAGAUUAUUGAUGAGGUCUUUAAGAGGUAUGAGGCUCUACUUGCUGAUCGCAUGUCCAAGGAGAAGAAUGCAUUCGUCAAUGUCGUCAUUUCGCUAAAGAAAAUCACCUAGAUGAAUUGCCAAGAAAUUACGAAUAAUUACUUUGCAGAUAUA